UGUCGGAAAGUUGCACAACAUCAGUAGGCCGUAAGCUGACGGUUCUACUUAUAAAAGCCAAGUGAUGAGCUGUAGGUUAUUAGUGAGAGCCCUGUGCCCUCUCUCUGAUUAUAACUUGCUCGUCCGCCUUUACCUCGCCAAAGGAAAAAGGAGGAUUCGAAGAUCUGAUGGCUUUCUUUUAAACACAUUUUAAUAUAAGAUCUACAAGCAUCAAUAACAAAACGUUCAUGUAGAGUACCUAGAAAAUUGCUGUUUAUCCAUUAAUAUGAUUGAAUGCUUUGUUCCCUUAUAAUGUAUUCUUAAUGUUUGUCGAGGGAAUCGAUGCUGUAUUAAUUGAUAUAUUCACGUAAUUGAGCGCACUCGAACUGAAUCGUCAAACUACUAAUACAUAACAGUGUUUUAUUUCCCGAAUGAUACAUUAUGAAGAAAGCGCCCGGGUGGUUUAUGAUCAGAUGCCCUGGUCCCGAAUAAAGGUCCUGAUGCGCUUCGAUUACGACCAUGGAAUCUGUUUGUUGCAUGCACAGGGAGUGUAAGUAAACAUAAAGACACAGGCGGCCGACGCCUUCUUCGACCUUCGCAUUCCCGGAUCAAAUUACGGCCAAAUUAUGCCGAAGCCACCACAGCAACCAUAGCUAAUAAUACACAGAAAUUGCGCCUCUCCAUUGCGAAUCCAUAGAACAAUCCCCACAGGGUGUAAAAACCGGCCCGGCACUCACGGAACAGAUGAUUUUGACAGCUAGCCCCUUGAACGGCUUGUCAACGCGUGUUGUCUCGCUGUAAACAUUAUGUAAACAGUUCUGUGCCGCAUUCGCGCACCGGUCCCACCAGAAAUUGCACGCAAAAUGGUGACGGUACCGAUUAAAACAUGCAUCCGAACGCUCGCCACCACCAGCCGGAUGGACAAAUCGUUUGCCAAGUGGUAUCGAAGUUUGUGGCAACCGAAAGGCAACGACGAACCACCGUACGAUCACAUCGUGCAGCUAGGCGAUCCCGUACUACGCGUGCCGGCCAAUGCAAUCCCCGAGAAGGAGCUCCAGUCCGCCGAAGUGCAGUAUCUGGCCCGACAUCUUACCAAAGUGAUGCGAGCGUACAGGUGCGUCGGAUUGGCCGCCCCACAGCUGGGCCUAUCGUUGCGCGCCUUCGUGAUGGAAUUUAAGGACGAGCUGCGGGACCAGUACACCAAGGCGGACUACAAGCUGCGCGAGAUGGAACCAUUGCCAUUGACGAUUCUUCUUAACCCCGAACUGAAAGUGCUCAACUACGAAAAGGUGAUACACACGGAGGCGUGCGAAAGUGUGCGCGGCUAUCGGGCGGACGUGCCCCGGUACCGGGAGAUACUGCUGCAGGGCUUCGAUGCCACCGGCAACCGGCAAGAGCUGCGACUGAGCGGCUGGAAUGCCCGCAUUGCCCAGCACGAGAUGGACCAUCUGAAUGGGAUCGUGUACACGGACAUUAUGAAUCGGAAAAGCCUAACCUGCACCUGCUGGCAAGCGGUCAAUGCUAAGAGUGGGCGCAUUCAGCUAUCGUUUGCCAGCAAAUAAAUCGGCCACUUGUUAAGAAUGUGUUUAGUUUGUGUAUGUGUGUAUACCUUCCUUAAAUACAUACACACACGCACACCGGUUAGCUGUUUAUUAUGGUUAUUGCACUAACGUAUGAAACGAAUGAACUGUUGGCGCACACAACAAAGCAACAUGAAUUAAGCCCCAGAGAUUGAGGGGAAAGGGUUAGAGGUUUGUGCUUGUGGUUAGCAUGGUUUAUGGUUUGGUAACGAAUGUACGAUUAUCUAAACGGUAACCACGGCUACCAAUUU